AUGUGGAAUUAUCUUGGGGCUGUAUUCAGUGUUGCUACCAUUGAUCAUUCAAUGUAUUCGCUAGAUGACAUUAUGAAAGCAUGUAAUCAACCAUGGAGUAUGCAUGAUGAGAAUUUAUACAUUGUUCAUGAUGUGUUGAAUGACAGUGCUGAAAAUAGCUAUCCUGAGCGUUUCACUAUAAUGUUGGUUAACAACGCUUACCUGCCACAACGAAGAAACCAUGAUGAAAUCUUUUCCUGCGUUUUAAUGGUUCAAAAGCCUGUUCUGAUUCAAAAAAUUACUAGUUUGAGUCGGCAGUAUUGGUCACAUAGUCAACUUUCACCUAUUUCUGAAGCAAAGGUGUCAGGUAAAUCGUACAGAUGUAUUCAUUACGAAAUCUUGCAAUCUAAAUACACUUAG